CUCACUUCCUCCUUUCAAACUCCAGGGGAAAUAAAAACCCUCCCUUUUCCUCCCAAAGUCCUGCCCGGCCGCGGCCGCCGCCCCCUCCCGCCGCCGCUCGGGCUCGCCGUCCCGCCGGCCGCCCCGCUCCCCUCAGAAAGUCCUGGAGCAGAAGGAGGAUUUAAAGCCGGUCCCCGCCGCCCCCCGCGGAGCAGCGGCCGCUCUUGCCUCGCUCAGAGGAACUGAGCUAUUAUUGUAGUGUCCCGUAGAAUUUCCCAGCCUUCUUCCUCUGGUUCUGAGUCUGCUUCUCCACGUGGCACCUUGGAGUUUCUAGCUGGCACCAUUACCUCCAACGAGUGGAGUUCUCCCACCUCCCCUGAGGGGAGCAACGACUCAGGGGGCAGCGAGGCCUUGGACAAACCCAUUGACAAUGACGCUGAGGGCGUGUGGAGUCCGGACAUCGAGCAGAGCUUCCAGGAAGCGCUAGCCAUCUACCCACCAUGUGGACGGCGGAAGAUUAUCUUGUCCGACGAAGGCAAGAUGUAUGGCCGAAAUGAGCUGAUUGCCCGCUAUAUUAAGCUGAGAACAGGGAAAACACGCACAAGGAAACAGGUAUCUAGUCACAUCCAGGUCCUGGCAAGGCGGAAAGCUAGAGAGAUCCAAGCCAAGCUCAAGGAUCAGGCAGCUAAAGAUAAAGCCAUGCAGAGUAUGGCUACAAUGUCAUCUGCCCAGAUUAUCUCUGCAACUGCCUUCCAUAGUAAAAUGGCCCUACCUGGUCUCCCACGACCAGCCUACCCUGCCGUUUCUGGGUUUUGGCAGGGAGCUUUGCCAGGCCAAGCUGGAUCUUCCCAAGACGUGAAACCUUUUUCUCAACAACCUUAUGCUGUACAGCCUCCACUGCCAUUACCAGGGUUUGAGUCUCCUGCUGGCCUCUCGCCUUCCCCAUCAGCACCAGCUUGGCAAGGACGAAGGGUUGCUAGCUCCAAACUUUGGAUGUUAGAAUUCUCUGCAUUCUUGGAACAACAACAAGACCAAGACACAUAUAACAAACACCUGUUUGUGCACAUCGGGCAGUCAAGCCCCAGCUACAAUGACCCCUACCUCGAGGCAGUGGAUAUCCGGCAGAUCUAUGACAAGUUCCCUGAGAAAAAAGGGGGCCUGAAGGAGCUCUUUGAAAGGGGGCCAGCUAAUGCCUUCUUCCUUGUCAAAUUCUGGGCUGAUUUGAACACCAAUAUUGAAGAUGAAUCCAGGUCUUUCUAUGGCGUUUCCAGCCAAUAUGAGAGCCCAGAAAACAUGGUCAUUACGUGUUCCACCAAAGUGUGUUCCUUUGGAAAGCAGGUGGUGGAGAAAGUGGAGACAGAGUAUGCACACUACGAAAACGGACACUAUUCCUACCGCAUUCACCGUUCCCCUCUCUGCGAAUACAUGAUAAACUUCAUUCAUAAACUCAAGCACCUUCCUGAGAAGUAUAUGAUGAACAGUGUGCUGGAGAACUUUACUAUCUUACAGGCAGUGCAUGCUUCUGAAACUAGGACACAAUGGAGCCAAACCUACAAGUCUCCUGUAAAAUGAGUUAUACUCUAUAAUCCUCAUGGUCUGUGUCUACCACUGACAGGCAGGAGCAGAUGGAGGGAAAGAACUGUUCAUGGCUGUGAUGCAUCAACAUACAUGAGCAGGAGUGGAUGUGCCACAGGAGGUGGUUUCUCUGUACCCAACAAACAAAGCAAAAAGGGAUUUUCUGUGAAACACCUCUCAGCUGAAAUCUGCAACACUACACGUGGGGGGUAGAGGACCUAACGGAUCUGCAUCCACAUAGGUGGUCUCUGCUUGGUCACAGCUUUGUUUUCUACACCAUGGACUCUGCUCACCCCGCUAUCUCUUCACUGCAUUGUAGUCCUGAUGUUUGAAAGUGCUUUGCUUGGCUGUGUGGGCACACAGACUAGGUAUUGUGGUGACCAAGUGUAUCAUUCCUGGUCUUCUCUGGUUUUGCCUAUUCCUGACUUUCUGCUGUAUGUUAAAUGUGUUGGAAUAUGUAAGCAGUGAAACAGCAGUUGCCAUCUCAGCUUCUUCUCCUUUUCU